AUGCUAUUUAAAAUUGACUGCUCAAAUAUUGAAUAAAACAAAAAGAUUACAAUUACUAACAUUGCUCCAUUCCCAAUUUUAGUAAGAAUAUUAGAAAAUAAUAUCUAUAACUUUCUUCCAACAUUCUCAUUACUUAAAAGAGAUGAAUGCAAAUAAUUUCAAAUACUGCUUAAAUUAAAUCUCAAAGAUUCUCAAGAGGUUUAAAUUCAAGCAAUAGAAUUCGAUGAAACAAAACUUGAUUCUUUCGUAAUUUGAUUAUACUCUAAUUGUAAGUCUGUUCCACCGUUUUGGAACGAAAAAGUUCAAGGUACCCUGUAGACAUAAACUCUAUCACUGCCUGCUACUUCUAAUGGAAAUAAAACUAAUUCAUUUAGUUUAUAUGAAAAGUUACCAUCAAUUAAUUAAACCUUCUAAGAUUAGAAAAUAGUAUAAGUGAAAAUUGAUAAUUCAAUUAAAUUCGAUACUCAAAUUCUUAAACAUAAUGUAACUAAUAAUGAAAGUGAUUAAUUAACAAAUAAAUAAAGAUUAAAUUCAUAAUAGUCUUUAUAAAACAUCAAUUCAAUAAAAAUUGGAGAUGAAUAUAAAAAUCAAUAAAAUUCAAAUCCAUUUAUUUUAAGAAAUACAACUAAUAGUUUUGAAUCAUAUCACUAAAUCUAAACUAAUUUAAAUUAAUAAAAUACUCUUACUAUGUCUAACGAUCUUAAUCAAUUUUUAGAUCAAAUUGAUUCAUUUAAUAGUCCAUUCUAAUAAUUAACACCCUCUUUAUGCUAAUCUUAAACUCAUUCUUAAAAAUACAUUAGCGAUAAUGCAUAAUAAGAUCUGAGUUUAAGUGAAACCACUUCAAUUUAGAGAUGUGAAUAAAGAAAAUUAUCAUUCUUAUAACAUAGUAAAUAAUAAUUUAAUGAAAAACCUAAAUUAAGAGUCAUGGAAAGUUCUAAACAUUUUGAAAAAAAUAAAGAAGUUGAAAUCUAAAUCUAAAAAUAAAUUGUAAAUUGUUUAUUCUAAAAAUUUAGGCAGAAUUGAAAAUUAGCAAAGAAACACUUUCUACUGAGUUAAAAUAAUUAAAAUUUAAAGCAAUGUUUGAUUCAAAAAAUAAAUAAUCAGCUUAUAAAUAUGAUAUAUACAUAUGGCAUAUGCUCUUAACUAGUGUUAUAUUUCUAAUAAUAGGAAGCAUUACCAAAAAAAUUAUUUAACUAUUUUGA